AUGGGAUUCGUGAAGGUAGUCAAGAACAAGGCCUAUUUCAAACGUUACCAGGUGAAAUUGAAGCGUAGACGUGAGGGUAAAACGGAUUACUAUGCGAGGAAACGUUUGACUGUGCAAGACAAGAAUAAAUAUAACACUCCAAAAUAUCGUCUUAUUGUGCGUUUCACCAACAGAGAUGUUAUCGCUCAAAUCGCAUAUUCUCGAAUUGAGGGUGAUGUAGUCGUAUGUUCUGCAUACUCACAUGAGUUACCGCGUUAUGGGAUUAAGGUAGGCUUGACCAACUAUGCAUCAGCUUAUGCCACUGGUUUAUUGUUGGCCCGACGUCAUUUGCUCAACAUCGGUCUAGCAGAAGCAUACAAAGGUGUGGAAGAAGCGACUGGUGACGAUUAUAAUGUUGAAAAGGAAGGCGAACGAGCACCUUUCCGAGCUGUUCUCGAUGUUGGGUUAGCGCGCACUGUUACAGGCGCUAAGGUUUUCGCGGUCAUGAAGGGUGUUGCCGAUGGUGGUAUCGAUGUUCCACAUAGUGAAACGCGUUUCUUUGGUUAUAAUUCGGAAACCAAAUACAAUGCUGAAGCACAUCGUGAUAGAAUACUUGGAAAACAUGUUGCCGAUUAUAUGGCACUAUUGAAGGAACAAGAUGAAGAUGCAUAUAAGCAACAUUUUUCGCGUUUUAUUGCUGCCAACAUUAGUGCAGAUGACAUUGUGGAUAUGUAUAAAAAGGCACAUGAGGCUAUUCGUAAGAAUCCAGCGAGAGAACCUAAAGAGCCAAAAGAGGUGACAAAGAAACGUUGGACGGCGAAGAAGGGAUCAUUGGCAGUACGCAAGAAUCGCGUUAAAAAUAAGAAAGCAUAUCUUAAGAUGCUGAAAGCACAACAGGAAGCACAAUAA